AUGAAGCUCCUUCAACUCAAUCACAAAGGCAUGGAUCUGGAGAAAGAAGAAGAAGAAGAAGGAGAAAAGCAUUGGAUCAUUCUGUACACGACGAGCAUGAGAGGGAUAAGGAAAACAUUUCAAGACUGCAACAGAAUCAGGUUCCUUCUGAGAAGCCUCCGAGUGAAGUUUGAUGAGAGGGAUGUGUCCCUUCACAUGGACUACAGGGAUGAGUUGUGGAAUCUAUUUGGCGGCAAAGUCACCAUCCCUCCCAAGCUCUUCAUCAAGGGAACCUGCAUUGGCGGCGCUGACGAGGUUCUUGCCUUGCAUGAGCUCGGCUGCCUUAGGAACCUUCUAGAAGGUGCUCCCACUAUCACUACCGAUCAUGAUCACUGCCCUUGUCUUGGUUGCAACAAUUUCAGGUUCUCUAUUUGCUCUUUGUGCAGUGGAAGCCGCAAACUCCGCACUAUUCACGCUCAUGACGAUCAUGACUUCUUCUUUGUUAGGUGUCCAGAGUGCAACGAGAAUGGUCUUGUCAAAUGCACCAUUUGCACCUCCUAA